AUUUAUUAACAAAAGAUUAUAAAAUUCGAAUUUAAAUGAUUUAUAUUCAAAUUUAAAACUUUAACCAUUUGUAUGAUCUCUAUUAGCUACCUUCCAUAAAUAUUUGAUGAGAUUGGAUUCUUCUUAUUUGAUAAAUAUUGAAAUGUAUGGAUUUAUUCUGUUUCAGUUGGAAAAAAUUUUCCAUUGUAAUAAAAUAAAUUGGUCUCUACCUGCCAACGGUGCUAACGUAUUAAAGGCAAAGUCGGUGGAUUUAGGAGAUGAAAAUUAAAAACAAAGCCCCGGAUAAAACAUUUGUCACCCCCAAACAAAAAAGGACCCAAAUAAAACAACGCUCCAAAACCCUAAUAAACCCACUUAUAUAAUGACUCUGAUAAACGAAAGGGCUUGACCGAAACAGAGCAGAGUUUUGGGAAAAUGCAGAUCUUCGUGAAAACCCUAACAGGGAAGACCAUAACUCUAGAGGUUGAAUCCAGCGACACUAUCGACAACGUUAAGGCUAAGAUCCAGGACAAGGAAGGUAUCCCACCGGACCAGCAGAGAUUGAUCUUCGCCGGAAAGCAGCUUGAGGAUGGCCGUACUCUUGCUGACUACAAUAUUCAGAAAGAAUCAACCUUGCAUCUGGUUCUGAGGCUUCGUGGUGGCAUUAUUGAGCCUUCUUUGAUGGCAUUGGCUAGGAAAUACAAUCAGGACAAGAUGAUCUGUCGCAAGUGUUAUGCUCGACUGCACCCCCGUGCUGUGAACUGCAGGAAAAAGAAGUGUGGACACAGCAAUCAGUUGAGGCCAAAGAAGAAGAUCAAGUAGAUUGCAUAUCGUGAGGGAGGAAUUCUGCUUUUAUUAUUAGGCUUCUUGAUGUUUUGUUUGGACAGUAUAGUUCUAAUAGCAGACAUCUUAACUAUCUUAAAAUUAGCUUUAAUUUCAUUCAGCAUGAAACUCUUGUGGUGUUUGUGAUUCUGUUUGGAUUUGUCAUUUUUGAUAAGAUGAUGGUGUAUUUUCUCUA